AUGAAGUCCAAAUUGGAUAUAACCUCCGCCUAUGCCGAAGAAAUGGUGGCCCAAUACAAGGCCGAAUUGGAGGACUUGCGUGAGUGCUCGGAGUGGAGCCCCGAGGGCUCGGGUGAGAUUCGGGCAUGGUUGGAGGUUCUGAGGCAGAUAUAUCUGGUUACCAGUCCGGUGCGCGUCCUUGAGUUUGUGAUAGAGACUUCUACGAUGCGGAUGUGCAUUGAUUACCGCCAGUUGAACAAAGUCACCAUCAAGAACAAGUAUCCGUUGCCUUGCAUUGAUGAUUUGUUCGACCAGUUGCAGGGUGCUAGGGUGUUCUCUAAGAUUGACCUGAGGUCAGGGUAUCAUCAGUUGAAGAUUCAGGACACUGAUGUUCCGAAGACUACAUUCAGGACUAGAUAUGGCCACUAUGAGUUUCUAGUGAUGUCCUUUGGCUUGACCAAUGCACCAGCAGCAUUUAUGGAUCUGAUGAACAGGGUAUUCAGGCCUUAUAUUGAUUCCUUUGUUAUCGUCUUCAUUGACGACAUCUUAAUAUACUCACGUAGCCUGGGGGAGCACGAGCAGCAUUUGAGAGUAGUGCUUCAAACCUUGCGGGAGCAGAAGCUAUAUGCUAAGUUCUCCAAGUGUGAGUUUUGGCUUGAGUCAGUGGCAUUCUACAUGGUAUAA